GAUACGUCAGUCCGCGGGUUGUUCAGUCUAGUUGAGUUGAGUGAAAAAUCGCAUUGGCCUCGGUCCGUCGUCGUCGUCGUCUUCGUUGUUUUUCGCACAGGGAAAAUCACAGCCUACCACCACUGGAAAACCGGAAGUGAAAAAUAAUUUUACACGAAACGACAAACGUUUCGAUUUGAACUCCGCGUAGAUUCGAAAGAACUGUGAUUCCAGAUAGUCCGAAACGAACGCAAUGGCAGUGGCACCAGUAAUCAUCCAGUCGGCGGCCAAACACACCUCGACGCUCAUCUUCCUGCACGGAUUAGGAGAUACCGGUCAUGGUUGGGCUACCACGAUGGGCAUGAUCCGGACCCCGGACAUGAAGGUGAUCUGCCCGACGGCGCCCACCAUCCCGGUCACACUGAACGCCGGCUUCCGUAUGCCGUCGUGGUUCGAUCUGAAAACGCUCGACAUUGGCGGCCCUGAGGACGAGGAGGGCAUCAAGCGGGCCGCCAAGAACGUCCACGAGCUGAUCCAGAGUGAGAUUCAGGCCGGCAUUUCCGCCAACCGGAUCAUGCUGGGAGGGUUCUCCCAGGGCGGUGCUCUGGCCCUGUACGCCGCGUUGACAUUCGCGGAACCGUUGGCCGGCGUGAUGGCGCUGUCCUGCUGGUUGCCACUACACAAGAACUUCCCGGGCAUUCUCAAGUGCCCGAACACUGUACCCAUUCUCCAGUGCCACGGUGAUUGCGAUCCGGUGGUGCCGUACAAAUUUGGUCAAUUAUCGUCGAGCGUGAUGAAGUCGUUCAUGAAGCAGUCCCAGUUCCAGUCGUACAGAGGGCUUUCGCAUUCGUCGAACGAGGCCGAGCUGGAGGACAUGAAGAAAUUCAUCGAAAAGCACGUUCCCCGCCAGUGAAUGGCCCGAGGCUCACAUUCGUAAAUCGUGUGUAAAUUUUAACUGUAAUUUAAAACAAGGAAAAGUCAGCAUGUUUUUUGUUUUCUCUAAUUUAUUUCAAAUUACUAGCCAAAAGAGCGGAAGCAAAUAAUGCAACUUGAAAGCAAACUUAACUACUUUUAGCGAACCUGAGUCAAUCAGAAACGGUAGGAUUUUUUCAUUUAUUUUUUUCGAAACUAGUAGUCUCACUUAUUCGAAUCGGCAAAUUUAGGCCAAGCCGAAUGCAAACAAAAAGAAACCCUUUUGCUAAUCAACAACAAUAAAACAAACAAACGAACGAUGUACCGAAGCUGCGAUUUUAUAAAACCCUCUAAGACAAUGAAUAUAUAAAGCAAAACAAUAAGUAUUCCCCAACAAAAAAAAACACAUUAGCGAAGAUUAAAACUCAAUUGAGAAUGUAUUCUGCGAAACCAAACCUAAUCAGUAAAAGAAAAAAAGAAGCAAAGCAAAUUAUCUUUAAAGUUCACCGUUCCCCUUUUCUCCCUAAGCUGAGAGCACCAAUUUAAUAAGAAUGUAUUGACAAACAAAAAUCAUAAACUCAUUUUACAUUUCAACUACCUCUGUUCACUAGAUGCAAAAACAAGCAACAACAAAACAAAAAAAACAGCUGAUUUAACAAUUCGAUGCCAUUGAAUUUAACCAGCAGUGAUUAGAUUCCAUCUUGCCCAAAAUAGAAAGAAACGGCUUAAGGAGAGAAAAGAAAAUAAAAGGUUAGAAAGACAGCAAAGCGAGCGAAUAAAACUUUUCGGAACUGGUCAGUCUCGGGUUUGAACGAUUAACGGCGGAUUAGUUUGAUCUGUUACCGGAUCUUAGUAGAAGCAAAAAGAAAUAUCGAACUAUCUCUCUCUUUCUUUCUAUCAUAGCGAAAACACUCGAAAAUACAUAAACAUAAACAGAGCAAAAAUAUAGAGGGAGAUACAGA